GUGAUUUUCUUCCAUUCACGCCCCGGUGCGCCAACAUUAGGUACUCCAACAUUUAUCCUAAUAAGUAUUGUUUCAUCUGAAACCGAACAAACACACACACACACAUAACACACACAGAAUUAAUCUUGACUGAAUUCUGUUUAGUUCAACUCACAUAGUAAACUACAUCAUGGCAACGAACGAAUCCACCAUCUUGCGAAACUACUUACUCCUCCCUGCUCGUCUACCUACAAUCAUCUCUCUGCAAGAAUUCAUUUCCCUAUUCCCUAAAUCACAACAAGCCUCCCCGCAGAUCCGGUCGCUCUACAGAGAUCUACAGCAGCAGCGCAACGCAGUAGUAGAUGGCGUCUCCCAGAAUAUAGACGCUCAGGUCAGGCAAGGUAAAGCUUUGCGCCGAGAGGUGAUAAAGGCUCGAAGAGAAGCCGAGCUAGAGGAACAAGAUGAUGAGAUUGAAAUCGAACGAAUGUUGUUCGGAUCCACCUCCAGUACGAUACAGCCGAAGCAACAUACUCUAAUGACUAUCCUACCCGCAAUGGACGAUGCCAUCGCUGACAUGGAGCGUGAGUUACAAGCAAUGGAGCAGGAGGAGGCUGCUCUCCUCGAGUCUAUUAGGCAGGCUGUUGGCAACAUGAGCGAUCUUCGGUAUGGUCGAUUCGUCAACCCAAAACUAAAAGACGAGGUUCUAGAUGGCCUUGAACGCAUGCAGGACGUGUGUGAACGCAAGAUAUGAAUCUCAUGAUACAUUCCCAUUUAUUACUAUCACUACCUACGUGACCUCGACCCAAUGAUACAUAAUGCUUAUAGCCAAGCUCCUCGAGCCGCACCCCGAUAUGAGCACAGCCAGUUUUAUAGCGAGUGUCCAAUAUGCUUCCGCUAUACAUCACCAUUAUCUUCGGGGAGCAGCUUGGCCAGUGGCAGCAGGUCGUCGACCGCCAUCCAUUUGUUGGUUUAGGCGGUUGCUCCUGUAGUAUCGUCAGUCACUUAUUCUGCAUUACAGUAUACGGAAUUUAUAUGACUUACAUCAUGCU